GUGACGGGAGAGCGGAACGCGGGAGGGAGGUGAAGUAGCCGGGGAAGGGAGAAGCAGGUUGCCUUCCGGCGGCCGUGCUGAUAGGGCCGGGACGGCGCGGUCCCGGGCUGGGCCUGCUGGGAGGUCCAGGGGGCUGAAAGUGAUCCGGAACUGACUCAGAAACGCCGCGAAGGUUCGUAACGCGCCGAACGAGGCGGUGUCACUUUGCGGAGAGCUACCGAGGAUCGGCCCUUGGCUGUACUCGGCUGGGCUCGGCUUGAGGACUCGUCACGGGCAGCGUGAAGACACCGCGCCCUUCGCGCUCCCCCGGUCAGCAAAGCGCGCCGGCAGCAUCGGGAGACGUGUGGGCUCGAGAUGAGGGAGCGGAGGUACUUUGCCCUAAAAUCCUUCAUUCUUCAAGACUAGAAAAGCUAUUUGCACUUUGCACACCAAUAAUCGACGCUCUGGAGCUUACCUGAGAGGAGCAGCUUUAGAGACAAGAGCCAGAAUGUUGAAAAUUAUGGGGAAAUUUUCAGCGAGUGUAUUGAAGCCAUCAAGUUUGUGCAAUAAGUGCAUGUAUUUCAGAAAUACAAAAAUGAGAAUCAUGGGUGUGACACAGCUAAACUGCAGUCUGAGAAACUACAGUUCUCCACCAGGAGAUGUUAAGUCUCUGCAUUCUGUCAUUAAUCCUCAUAUAUCCAGAAUCCGAAACAUUGGCAUUAUGGCCCACAUUGAUGCAGGCAAAACUACGACAACAGAGAGAAUGCUAUAUUAUUCUGGAUAUAUAAGAUCACUUGGAGAUGUUGAUGAUGGAGACACAGUGACAGAUUUUAUGGCACAAGAGCGAGAACGUGGUAUUACCAUUCAGUCUGCUGCUGUUACAUUUGACUGGAAGGACUACAGAAUCAAUCUGAUUGACACCCCAGGCCAUGUGGACUUUACUGUAGAAGUUGAGCGUUGUUUGAGAGUACUGGAUGGAGCAGUAGCAGUGUUUGAUGCUUCAGCUGGUGUUGAGGCACAAACUCUGACAGUGUGGAGGCAAGCAGACAAAUACCAGAUACCACGGAUUUGCUUUUUAAACAAGAUGGACAAAAACAGGGCAAGUUUUACAUAUGCUGUUGAGAGCAUAAAACAAAAAUUGAAGACAAAACCUUUACUAUUGCAGUUGCCCAUUGGGGAAGCCAAGACCUUCAGAGGACUGGUUGAUGUUGUGACUAAGGAGCAAAUAAUGUGGAAACCUACUUCUGAUUUGGAUGAUGGAAAAAAUUUUGAGCGAAAGCUGCUGCUGGAGACUGACGAUCCAAACCUGUUUCAAGAAGUCCAGGAUGCAAGAAAUACCUUAAUAGAACAAGUUGCAGAUCUGGAUGAUGAAUUUGCUGAACUGGUUCUAGGAGAAAAUGGUGAAAAUUUUGACUUAAUACCAGCUGACAAGUUGCAGUCUGCUAUCCGCAGAAUCACGCUAGCUCAGAAGGCUGUCCCUGUGCUCUGUGGCAGUGCACUGAAGAACAAAGGGGUGCAGCCAUUACUGGAUGCUAUUACUCUGUACUUGCCUGCACCUAAUGAGCGUUCACAUGAGUUUCUGCAGUGGUACAAGGAUGACCUGUGUGCCCUGGCAUUCAAAGUUCUUCAUGAUAAAUGUCGUGGACCACUAGUUUUUGUUCGUGUUUACUCAGGCUCAUUGAAACCUCAGUCAGCUGUAUAUAAUAUUAACAAAAGUUGCACAGAGAGAAUGAGCCGGCUGCUCCUGCCUUUUGCUGAUCAGCAAAUUGAAAUACCGUCACUAAUGCCUGGCAACAUUGCCUUGACUGUUGGGUUAAAACAGAGUGCCACUGGAGAUACCAUAGUGUCAUCAAAGGCUUCAGCUGUUGCUGCAGCACGCCGAGCUGGAAGGGAUGCUGGGGAAAAGAAGAGGUCUGUGAGUGGUGUAAACAGUCUUCUGCUGGCAGGUGUUGAGAUCCCUGAACCUGUCUUCUUCUGUACCAUUGAACCGCCUUCAAUGGCCAGACAGCAAGACUUGGAUAAUGCAUUGAGUUGCCUUCAGCGUGAAGAUCCAAGUUUAAAAGUGAAGCCAGAUCCUGACACAGGACAAACUAUCCUCUGUGGCAUGGGAGAACUACACAUAGAAAUCAUUCAUGACCGAAUCAAACGUGAAUAUGGAAUUGAGACUUAUUUGGGACCUCUUCAAAUAGCAUACCGAGAAACCAUCUUAAAUGCAGCCCAAGCUAUAGAUAUAUUGGACAAAACAGUAGGUGAUAAACGACACUGUGUAACUGCAGAGGUAGAGGUGAGGCCCAGGUCAGGAGAAGGAGCAACAACAAAACCCAUCAUCAGCUAUGCUGAGAAUGUCAGUGAAGUACUGCCGAAAGAACUCCAGGGAGCUGUAGAAAAUGGAAUCACAAAUUCAUGCGUUCAAGGUGAAGGAAAUGCUCUGUCAGCUAUACCGGUCCAAUAUUUUUGUAGUAGCUUGAAAACUAACAGAUAGUACAUAUACAUGUGACUAACAUAUAUGUAAGGUGCAAAAUGUCUUCAAAUACAAAAGUUGCCAGACACCUUUUUCUCUAUGCCAGGAAUGGAAGUCAGUGUGUCUUUGGUUUGCUUUUAAGGUUGAUGUCUUCUCAGUCACUCAACAGUGAGUUUGGAGUUCUUUUGGUUUAUUUUUUAAUCUGGUGUAAGAGAUAAGGCAUUUGCUUUAUGACAUCAUGUAAACCAUAGUGAUAUAACAAAAAUGGUUGCAUAGGCUAGCACGUGUUACACUUCUAUUACAGUUGCUCAUGAAUUUUUUUAUUUUCAAAUAUGUUAAAUCCAUGGGUUUUCAGUAAAAAGCUUUACCUAAUUGCAAAGUGUGCGUUUGCUAAAGGACUAAAAGUGUCCUUGACUUUUGAUCAAAAACAAGAAGUCUUAAGUAACUUACGGGCAGAAAAGUGCCUUACAGUAAAAUCAAUAGGUAAUGGAUUAACAAAGGAGAAUUUCCCUUUCAGAACCAGCAUGAAGUGAUUUUUCAAAGUAGUUUUGUGGAAUUUGAAAGCAUCUCCCAUCUUUGGCUGUGGAAUCUCUUAGCCAUGUGCUUUCUUUAUGCUUCUUGAAGAAACAUCAGAACUGUGCUGUCUCUAGCCUAAAAUUGAUGCCAUUAAGUGCUUUAAAAAAAUAAACGUGUUCUCUGUUAAAAAAAAGUUAUGUUUUUUUCCUCAGAUGUGGUUCAGGCCUCACAUUUAGUCUAACACAGUUUGGUCUGUUUGAGAGUCCUGUGUUGGAGGGAGGUAAUCUGCCUAGGACACUAAUUUAUCCUUUGUGGAAGUGAGUUAGCCUUGGAGUUUUGGUUAUGUGUUAGUAUGAGGCAUUGCUGUGAUUAUAUUGUGUUCAGAAGGAAAAUACAGAAAAUAUUCUGGCUUCUGGUUAAACAAAAGUUUUCCCUACUUUUUCAAAUGAUGUCUUGUUCAAGAGACUAGUUUUAGAUAAUAAAAUGUAUCUAAAAAUAACUUUUUGGUAAUGGCUGUCUGGAUGAGUACAUUCAGGAGCUUCAGGUUCUGAAAAUGAUCUGUACUUUUGAUAAAGAGAGUGAGAAAGUAUGUGUCUGCAUUCCUUUGUCACUUUUGGCAAAGUUAGAUAAUGACAAAACCUCAAAAUGAGGAAAAGCAGCCACAUGGGGGAAGGACAGGGAAGGAAAGAGCAAAGUGAGAAACUUCAAGUUAAUUCUGAAAAAUUUUUGCA